GUCGUCCACUCCACUGUUUGAACAGCUAGCUAGUACGCGAGGAAGAGCCACGCGCAGAGGGCCGCACUCUGCCACUCUCGGUCCAUUUAGCCAAGCAGCAACCCACCGGAGAAGAUUAGCAACCGCCAUGCCCGUCACUCUCUACAACUUGACCGGCAGCCCGCCCUGUGGCUUCGUGCGAUGUGUCGCGAAGCACAUAGGUGUCGAACUGAAAGUCAGGAACUUGGACUUGGCAAACAAGGAGCAGCUCGGUGAGGAAUACCUCAAGAUCAACCCGUUCCACAAGGUUCCUGCUAUUGACGAUGACGGAUUUGUUCUUUACGAAAGCAUAGCAAUCGCCUACUACCUGCUGCGCAAGUACGCCCCCAAAUCCGAUCUUUACCCCGAUGACGUCAAAGCACGGGCCCGCGUUGACCAGGCGCUUGCAACCCUUUCCAGCACUAUCCAACCCCAGUCAUCGGCCUUCCUCCGUCCUCGCUUCUUUCUCAAGACUAAGCCGACUGGUGAGGAAGUGACAGCUUUCGAAGAAAAUGUUCUUAAGGGUAUACAGCAUCUGAUCGGGGAUGGCAAGUAUGCUGUCGGCGACAAGCUCACCCUUGCGGAUCUUUCCAUCGUAUCCCACCUAACCCUGGAUCUCGAGAUCGACAGCAUCGACUAUUCCAAGUACCCGAAGCUGGUCAGCUACUACGAGCGCAUGAUGACUGAGCUGCCCUACUUUGAGGAGAUAUACAGGCCCGGCAUCUCUUACGUGAAGAAGCACAUGACUUCGCUGCAGUAAACCAUGGAACUUUUUCUAAGCACCUAGUAAUUGUGAAGAUUUAGCAUUUUGUGCCGGAAAAGCAUCCAUGAACCAAUUGACAAUAGAUUUCUUGGGGGAAAUGUGUCCCCCAAAGGUCAUAUUUUUGAUUGGAGAUAUAAAUUCAUAUGCUCACUUAUUCCGAGAAAAGACAAGCAAAUAGAUUUUAUGUGACAAUGAAGCAACACAUGUUUUUCGUGCGCGUAGUUUCUGCAUGGUCUAUUGCUCACUGCCAUAUAUUUUUUUACAAAUGCAGGGAUGAUCAAGCGAAUAAUUUUAUCUUUAAAAUGGGUUUGACCCAAGUAUACAUCAAUUUCACAGAGUAGUUUGCUCUAGAGGAACGAGAUGGCGCUUUCAGUGGCACGUGGCAAGUUGCCUCACGCGAACGCGCACGCAUACGAAGCUAUUACCACUUCUGACCUGCUAUAUUACAAUCAGCUGUCGGAAAUGCAACUGGGUGAUCGCUAACGCAUUGUGCUUCAUUCAUUCUAUAAAAUGUGGAACAGUAGAGGAAAGACGUGUGCAGUAGUUGGCAUGCAGAAGUAGUGACUUGUAUAUUAGGAAUAUAAUGAAUCUGUGUGGGCAAGUUCACGUAGCGCUGCUACACAAGGACUGCAUGCGUUACCGACCCUUCACUACACGGCUUUCCACGAGGAUAAAAAAAAUCACUCAUGUGCCAGCAUUGUAUAGCUAGCCACCAAAGAAAGGACUUCAACCCCGGAACGUCGGUGCCGCACCAUUGGAAAAGGCGCAUUUAGUUCCAAAAGCGCGUACUUGUCCACUGAAGCUGUGGAAAAACCUUCGUGUUGUCCAGUCAGUCACCGUCUACGAAAUUCGCCGAAACAGAGCUUUACCGAACCGCGCCGGGCAUCAUGCACAUCCAUUGUAAACAUCGAGGCAACGGAGGCAGCGGAGCCAAGCUAUGGACGCGUCACCAUGUGACCGAACAUGGCCAC